AUGGGCGUUCCGUACACCGAUCCUGCCAUGGGGGGCUUGCGCCCAGCUGAGGAACAAGAUAUUCCGGUAUAUGGCAUUGCGUACCUAUUGUCUCCCGACGAUAUGAGGAAGGUGAUCAUCAGCGAGGGAGGUGGAAUCGCCUACAAAGCCGAGGUGUUUACAGCCACGUUGCAAAAUGAUGCGUCAGAAAAGCUACGAGAGGCUUCCAUCAAGAAGAUAUAUGGAUCUGUUGAUUCGAGGUGCCCGUGA